GUUGCUGUCACAAGGCGACACCCCUACACGCGCGCACGCAGUGGAAUGUUCCACCGGACUCCGGGCUCUGUUGUUGUGCAGAGCUGCAGAAGGCCUGACAAAGGCAUUGGAGAAAGUAGUGUGAGAGACAGGAGUGACACUUGGACGUGGAUGGGAGUCUUUUUUUUGAAGGGGUCUCCCUUUCACUGGUCUGUUGGACCAGGAUCGGAAGGAGGAGGAGAAAGGGAGCGAGCCAAGGAGAAGGAAGAACAGAAGGGAGGAAGAAAGGAAGGUGUAGUCAAAAGCGCCUGACUAACAACACUGGUUCUGUCAGCAUCUUAAGCACAUUGCUUGUUUUUGUCCUCCAUCAUCCUUGGAGAAAGAGGACAGAAGAGGAGGAGUAAAAGGAGGAUGGGGAGAUAGUAACCCACUCCUCUCCUUUCACUCAGACACACAUCAGCAAGAUCCAAACACCAGGAAAAAUAAAGCGCCUCAUCAGUUUGCUUUCGGUCCCUCGGUCAGCGAGCGGCUAACAGGCACCGCUCAUGUCAGUGAACUCGGAGAAAUCCUCGUCCCCGGAAAGGCCUGAGACGCAGCAGAAAGCCUCGGCGAGUGUUCCUCCUCCCCCGCCGCCCCCUCCGCCUCCCCCUGAGCCAGCGGGGCCCCCGGAGCCGGAGGAGGAGAUCCUGGGCUCUGAUGAUGAGGAGCAGGAGGACCCAGCGGACUACUGCAAAGGAGGCUACCAUCCGGUCAAGAUCGGGGAUUUGUUCAACGCAAGAUACCAUGUGAUAAGGAAGCUGGGGUGGGGCCAUUUCUCCACAGUAUGGCUGUGCUGGGACAUACAAGUGAAGAACUUUGUGGCCAUGAAGGUAGUGAAGAGCGCACAGCACUACACCGAGACGGCCUUGGAUGAGAUCAAAUUACUGCGAUGUGUGAGGGAGAGUGACCCCGCCGACCCCAACAAAGACAUGGUGGUCCAGCUGAUCGAUGACUUCAAGAUAUCUGGCGUCAACGGCAUUCAUGUGUGCAUGGUGUUUGAAGUGCUCGGUCACCACCUGCUCAAGUGGAUCAUCAAGUCCAACUACCAAGGCCUGCCACUACCGUGUGUCAAGAGCAUCAUCAAACAGGUCUUGCAGGGGCUCGACUACCUUCACACCAAAUGUAAAAUCAUCCACACGGACAUCAAGCCUGAGAACAUCCUCAUGUGUGUGGACGACACAUUCGUGAGGCGCAUGGCCAUGGAAGCCACCGAAUGGCAGAAAGCCGGUGCGCCGCCCCCAUCCGGAUCGGCAGUUAGCACAGCCCCACAGAUCAAACCGGUGAGUACGACUGAUGUGGGAAAGAUCUCCAAGAACAAGAAGAAGAAGCUGAAAAAGAAGCAGAAGCGUCAGGCAGAGCUGCUGGAGAAGAGGAUGCUGGAGAUCGAAGCCUUGGAGAGGGAAGCAGAGAGGAAGGACGGACGGGCCAAUGAAGAGUGUGACGAGGAGGAGGAAGAAGAAGAGGAGGAAGGGGGGAACGAAGAAGACGCGCCAGAGAAGGUGAAGCCAGAGACUCCGUCCACUCCGACCUCGGCGCCUCCUCAAACAACGCCGCCGGGCCCCGGUGUGGCCGUCGGGGAGAGCGAUGAGGACGACGAUGAGGAGGAUGGAGAAGAGGAGGAGGAAGGUGGCGAGAGGCCCGCCAGGUUGACCAAUCAUACAUGCGCUGCGCACAACGAGGAGACCGACAGGGAGGAAGAGAACAACCCCUGCAUCGUCAAUAAUGAACGAGAAGAAGAAGAAGUAGAGGAGGAGCCCACGCCCGUGGCUGAAAAAGAAGCCCCCUUCCCUCCUGAUAACGGCGAUUGGACGCAGAUAGAGGAGCGGGAAGAGGAGGCACUGAAAGGGUCUGAAGUGGAGAAGGAAGAAGAGGAGGAGACACGGGAGAGAGUCAAGGACGAUGAGAAAGAAAAUGAGCUUGACGAAAAGGAGAUGGACAAGACAGAAGAGAAGGAAGAGGAGGAUGAAGAAGAGGAAGAUGACGACACCACCGCUGAUCUCCUCACAGACACCAGCUCCCCACUCAAUACGCACACGGACAAACCCGACUUAGCCAAAACCAAUGGUCACGUCCUGCUAGCCACAGAAGAACCUGAUGUCCCCUUACCUCCAACGCCCGAGCCCCUUCUCUGCCCACUUGUGGAGUCUGAACUCAGCUACACCGACAGGGACCUCUCGCUAAGCUCCGGUUACGAGAUGUUCAACGGUGAGGCGGGCGAGCCGGGACUUACCAACGGCGAGCGACCCAGGCCGGCCGUGCCCAUCUUUCCCGAGUUACCUCUGGAUCCCGAGCCAGGAAGUAACACAUGCGGGGGGACAGGCGACACUGGAGCGGGGAGGUCGCCCGACAGCCCCACGGCAGACCGCAGCCGCACCGUGUCAUCUUCCAGCACGGGAGAUACGCCCAAAGUACGAGCCAGAGCCGCAGACCUCCUGAUAAACCCACUUGACCCCCGCAACGCUGAUUCCAUCCGAGUGAAAAUUGCUGACCUUGGCAAUGCCUGCUGGGUGCACAAGCACUUUACGGAGGACAUCCAGACGAGACAGUACCGCUCCAUCGAAGUGCUGAUAGGAGCAGGUUACAGCACUCCUGCCGACAUCUGGAGCACUGCCUGCAUGGCGUUUGAGCUGGCCACGGGAGACUACUUGUUUGAGCCCCAUUCGGGCGAGGACUAUUCGCGGGAUGAGGACCACAUAGCCCACAUCAUAGAGCUACUGGGCUGUAUCCCAAGGCACUUUGCGCUCUCCGGAAAAUAUUCACGAGAGUUCUUCAACAGAAGAGGCGAGCUGCGACAUAUCACCAAGCUGAAGCCGUGGUCGCUGUUCGACGUGUUGGUGGAGAAGUACGGCUGGGCUCACGAGGACGCCGGCCAAUUCACCCAGUUCCUACUACCAAUGCUGGAGAUGGUCCCAGAAAAGAGGGCCUCGGCGGGCGAAUGCCUCAACCACGCGUGGCUCAACUCGUAGCCACACACACGCCUAUUGAACCCCCUCAUCCAUCAAACCCUCCCUCCUUUUCACCCUCUAAUUCCCCCCACCUGGUGGUAUUACAGCAAGCCCCUCCAUGAUGUCCUUAACGGAAUGUAAAGACAAACGUGGAUAAAUAAUAAAUAGACAUCAUGGCUGUCUCCUAAAGCGAGAACUCAUGAAAAGGACCCCCAAAUGGGAUUAUCGGAGAUAUUAAGGAAAUGGGAAAUUACUGCCCAGAGCUGCUCCUGCCAUGAACCUUUGAACCCUUGCUUCAUACUGGGACCUUCACUGGACGCUCUCGAUGAUGCGCCGUAAAUUUCCUGCGUGGUGGUCUGUCCUACAGGGGGCGCCACUGCAAAACAUGUGAGGACUAGUUUAGAAAAAACAUGCAUGGUGAACGGUUGGAGGUACGACUUUAUUGGACAUCCGGUGUUGCUGUGACCCCUUAACCCCGCCCCGCCCUAAUUUUAAUGCUUACCACCCUCUACUUCUCUACUCCUAGUGUCAAAAUGGACAUUCUUGGCAGAGGUUGCACUUGUCCUUCAGGAAUUUGAACACUGUACAUAAAAAUGAAUCCGCGGGAAAACACUUGCACAUGCACACUCACUUCAAACAUUAAUUAAAAAAAAAAAAUGAGGCUGUGACCCCCCACCCCUCCCCGGUUUCCUACAACACACCCGUAUCUCCCCCUUAACCAUUUAUCACAACUAGUCCGGUUGCCUAUUUUUUGCAAUAAAAAAAGUAUAAGUAAAUGGUGAGAUAUUUUUCAAAAAAUAAAAAAAUAUUUAAUUCAUCAAAAAACAAAAACUAGGACAAAAAAAAGCAAGAAUUCCGCUUUUCUCUGGUUGUCGUAACCGUGACAGAAUCUUAUACUGAGGUGAUUGUGUUUGUCUAUUAGAGAUUUUUUGCUGUUAAUUAAUAUAACUAUUAUUAGAUUUUUUUCACACCGAUAUUGUCCCUCAUCUAGCUGAUCAGUGCUGCCCUACCUGGGCUCUUUAUGGUGAUUUAAUACACAAACGAAACAAAAAAAAAAAAUCAAUUUUUUGCAUAUGUAAUAUUUUAUUUUGAUUGCACCAAAACUUCUUUAUUUCAUUCACUUUUUCUCAGCCAUGCUGACUGUUCUUCCUGAUGACAAAAGUGCGUCUGUUGUCUGUGUUUUUCAUUGACAGAUUUAAUAAAAUGCUAAAUGAAUGGACCUUGUGCCAUUGUGAUAUUGUCUUUUAAACAAGAGACAUGUUUUAGCAUGGUGUUGAUCCCU